AUGAGAAGUAGCAAACCAAGCGAGCUUUCAAUCGGUGGUAUAUUUACAGCGUCGCACGAAAUUUUUGCUGAGUUAUAUCAAUGUUCUCAACUAACUCUGGAUUCUCAAUCGACUUACAGUAUUUUGCAAAAACUGUUAGCUGCUUUCGGAAUAGUUUGCUCGUACAAUUUGAUUAGAGAUUUAGUCUCGUACAUAGAAUAUGAUUACGAGAACUUCCUCGACGAGAAUGAAAUAAAAAUAUCCGAAAAAUAUAUGAAAAUGACUAGACUAUAUAUCAUCUUUUAUGUUGGCAGUGCAAUUCUUUACGGUAUUUUAACGAUAAUCCCAACUAUUUUCAGCAUUUUUCUGUAUAAGUAUAGAUCAUUAGACAGUGUCAACAUACCAUAUAUGUUUCCUGUAAACACUAAUUAUUCAGGAUUUUUACGUUAUGGUUUGCUUUUGUGCCAAAUUAUAGCACUUUUUACAAUAUUGACAAUGGAUCUUAGUUUUUGUAGAUUUAAAAUACGUCAACAAUUUACAGAAGAAAAAUUCAUACACAUAAAUACGGAUAAUCAAACAAAUGAGGAAGAAUCAGUGUGGAUAAUUAACAUAAUAAGAAGAUAUAUAAGAGUAACGAAGUGCCAAGUACCAAUAUAUACGCUUGCUAAGAAAAAUCAAAAGCUCUUAUUAUUAAUAACAAUGAGAAGUAGCAAACCAAGCGAGCUUUCAAUCGGUGGUCUAUUUUCAUCGUCUAAUGAAGUUUUUGCUGGAAUAAUGCAAUUAUCUACAAUACUGCAAAACACUAGGGAUACCGUUGAAUGUUUCAUUUGUAUUGUUGGAUCUAUAGUUACUAUUUUUAUUAUUUUUUACAUGGGUCAAACCCUCAUUAAUCAUAGCAUAGCAGUUUGCGAUGAAUUACGUCAAACUCCAUUCUACGUGCUUUCGAUAAAAACUCAAAAACUUUUGCAAUUCUUGAUAGCAAGAAGUAUAAAACCGUGCGAGCUUUCAAUUGGUGGAUUGUUCGUUGCGUCUCAUGAAACUUUUUCUGUGAUCCUUCAAAAAGCAUUAUCAUUUGCAACGAUUUUACAAUUAUCCGACAUAUUGCAAAAUACAAGUAAAACAUUCGAAUGUUCAGUCGUAAUCGUUGGAUCUAUAAUGACUGUUUAUAUUAAUUUUUAUAUCGGUCAAGUAGUUAUUGAUUACAGCAGAGCAGCUUUAGAAGAAUUGUAA